CGUGGGACUAAAAGGGAGGGACAUGGUUUCUAGGCUGGGGCCCUGACCCUCCAGUGGGGUGGGGGUUCCUGAAGAAGAACCCACUCCUAAAAUUGAGUCAUGCCUCUGCCCCCAUCCCAUCUCAGACCCAGAGUCCGUGCCCCCCAGCUGUAGAAUGCCACCCAAAAAGGUCUCGGCAAGGCUGGGGCCAUGCCCAGCUCUAGGUGGAAAGCCCCAGAGCCACACCCAAAGCUGCCAGCUGCUAUGAACAAAGGCAGACAUGGACAGGUCUCAGCAGGUUCUCUGGGGACCAGGAUUGGCAGCAUGGAAGAUGAAGACCCACAGUGUGGGGAGUGGUGUCCCCAUGUUCCCAGGACGGCCCACCCUGGGUUCUGGGGCUGGUGGGCACAGCCAGAGUGAGGCAGCCCAGGGGCGGGAAGCUGAGGCCACCCACACCUCACCUGAAUGCAGACACGAGGCCAGGUGGGCAGCCGGAGCUCAGUCCCGGGUCCCUGCUGGUCUGGCAGGAGGAUUCCAGAGAGACACUUUGAAGUGGCCUGCAGCCACCUGGGAAGAGUAGCGGGCAGGGGGGCAGCCCGUGUCUCUUCUGAGCACCGUGACCUGCUGCACAGCCAUACACAGGACUCAAGUUGCAUGGGGAAACUGAGGUACAGGUUGCCAAAGGGCUGCUCCCUGCCCGGGUGAGGAGUGACAUCUUGGCCGCAAGGAGGCAGUGCUGCCUGCAUGUUUGUGGGAAGGUGUUCUGGGGACUGGAUGAGCUGGAGGGGCAGGAGGCGGGGAGAGGUGGCUCCUGGUCCCUGGCACGGAGGGCAGUGUGUCACCCGCACUUCCGUAACCUGCAGGGCUGUGGGAGAGAUGGGGCCCCAGCUUAUCCACUGCCUCUCUGAGCCCUACUCGUGACUCCUUGACCUGAGCACCCAGGGCCUGGGCCCCCGUCACCACCCUGCUGUGCACCAGGAGUGGGUGUUCCUUGGGUCAGGGCCAUUGCAUGGGGCAAAACAAGUUCAGUGGCAAGUGCCACCUGAUACUCAUGAGGCAACAGCUGGGGAAGGCCCCAAGGGGGAGCCAUGAGACCUGGUGGGCAAAUCAGGGAGGUCCCGUCACCUGAGCUGGGUGGGGUACAGUCCUGGGGGUCAACUGGGCACCAAAACUGGGGGUGUGAGGCACAGGGGACCCCUGUGUGGAGAGACGAGAUGGCUGACUGGGUACUACCAGCAGCCAGACCCAGGAGCCAUAGGCAUGAGGGCAGAGGCAGGGCUGAGGCAGAAGACAUGGCACAGGGCAUGGGACAGGUCCUGGGUGUCUUGGCUCCUCCAGGCACUGAGGCUUGCUGGGACAGCGUGGUCUCCUGGCUGCCUGAACAACAGUCGGAGGUCCCGCUUCCUGGAUAUGGACAGGCAGGUCUGUCCUGCCACAGGCUGGGUCAGUGUCCAGCCCUCUCCUGGGGAAGUGAGGCUGGGUCUGCCCACCUCUCCUGAGUGAUGUGGGCUGUGACCCUGGCCUCCAGAUGAAAGCUGGUCAGCUGGGGACCCAGUGCCCUCUCAUGCCUGAGCUCGGCAGCUUGUGGUCUUGUGCUGAGCUCUGGACACUUGGGAUGGCCGUGUAGUGACUAGCCCACCCUGACCCCCAGGCUGAACUAAGGCUAUCCCUGCCCCACAGCCCCAGUAUCCCGUCAGAGUGCCAUCCCCUUCCUUAAAGUCAAGAUUUCACCACCCUUGGCUGGAGGAGAGGGCAAGCACCCAGCCAAGACCACCUUCCCCUCAGGGCAGUGAGAAGAGGUCAGCCCCCUGGGCUGUAGGCCUCGAGUGGGUCCCGGGGACAUGAGGGGUACAGUCAGAAUGGUCCCUGGCCAGAGCCCAGGCCAACAUCCGCUACACGACAGUGGCCUGGAGCCCUGGCCAGGACAGGCAGUGGGGACCUUUUCCCUAGCAGGAAGGCCACUCACCUGGUGGUCAGCCCCAGUAGAGGUGGGCAGAGGUCCAGGAGACACCUAGGCCUCAGAUGUAGGGGUCAGGAGCUGGGAGCGGGUCUGGAUUCUGGGGCCUCCCCACUCAUCCCUUCUCUAAGGACUGUGCAACCCUUGUGGAGAAAUUACUGCCUCAAGCCUCAGUCUCCUCCUCUGUGAAAUGGGCCUGGCAGACCCACUCCCUGAAGGGCAUUAUGGGAAGGGUGGUAGUGCCCAGAGGAAGCAGUGAGCUCCCGAGGGCUGCAGUCUGGUCUGCCCAAGCCUCAGGAUGAGCCGAUUGCCAGCACUGGGCGCCUGGAAGCUGCAGGGGGGAGGGCGUGACAGUGGCCUCCAGAGGUGGGAGGCAGGGCUGGACGCUGGACCCUUCCCACCUGUGUCCUCAGUGUGCCUAGGAUGGGCAUCAGAUCCACUGGGAAGAUGCCCAGCCCAGGUAGAUCCAGUGCAGAGAUGGGUAUGAUGGGGUCGCCCCAGGGGACCCAGGUCCGGGAGAGACUUAUGCUCGGGAAGGAAGGUCACGGGUGGUCACUGUGUCCCCCUGUAGCCCUGAGAGGCAGGCAUGGCUGUCCUGUCUUGCAGGUGGGGACACGGGAGCACAGGGGUGGAUGCACACCAGGACUGCGAACCUGCCCUGUCUGGUGCCUGGGCCUCGGCAGCUGUGGGGACAGAGGCUGGGCCGAGGCUGCCAGGGUGCACCCACCUUGUCCUGCCUGAGCCUCGGACUAAACCCACCUUGCAGAUGGGAAAGGAGAGGCCCAGAGGGACAAAGGGGCUGCCCAGGUGGCCAAGGCUGUGUGCAGGGCGGAGGGGUCAGGCUGCCUCUGGGAGCAGCUGUGUCAGGAGGAGAGAAGGAACAUGACGGGGCGGCAGAAGCCCGCCACCACUUCUCAGAACCCGGUUUCUAGGAUACCUGCCGGGCCCAGUGCUGACAGGGAGACGCAGCCCAGGCCACCUCCUGAGAGCUUCCUAGAGACAGCGACUAACAGGAACACACCAGGCUGGGACAGAGGUGGCCACCAUCAACCCGGGACAGCGAGGCUGAAGGGGCUUCCCACAGGGCCUGUGAGCCAGCGCAGGCUGAUAGCAGGCUCCCAGCCCAGUGCUCUCUCCUCACAGUGGAAGGACAGAGCUUUGGGUGUCCCUUGGUCUGAGUCCAGGGCCACCCACAGCCCCUCAGCCAUUCUGGGAAGUCCCCCUGUUGUCUAACCACAGUGCUUCCUGCCAUCUACUCCAUCAUCCUACCAUCAGCCUGGGCGAAGGCCUGAGGCAUCAUCUCACACUGGGCUCUGGAAACAAAACAGGCACGGGCCACAGCCUCAGUUUCCCCACCAGUGCUUGAGUGGGUGCGAUGAAGCCCUGUCCUUGUCCCUACAUCCAUCUUCCCCCAUCAAAGCCCCCAAGCCAUUAUCUUGUCUUUGUAAUUGUUCAUCAUGACAGGAUAUGAGGGACAGAAAAUGUUAUCCCCACACAGCCAGUGUCUCUGCAGGGCCCAGGGACAGGGCAGGAGGCUCAACAGACAGGAGCUCACCUUGGCUGCAGGCGUUGGAGACGCGGGCCACAGCACGGCAGGAUAGCACAAUGUGGGUUUCAGGGACACUUGAAGGUGGUGUGGGGCAAAUGCAGAGCUCUCUUGAGGUGGCACCGAGACUGCAGGACAAGGAGCCACGGGGGGAGACAUCAGUGCAGAUGUUUCUGGGCAGCUUUGGCUCAGAUAGGGCCAGGCUCAGGUGUGGUAGAGGGAGGGCCCAGGGCCAGUGUUAGCAGAGCUGGCCAGGCUGCUGACAGGAUGGGUGUGACCCAGGGCUUGAUGGCCCAGACCCUCGGUGAGUCCAGGGGAGGCUGGACAUGGGGAUGAGCCCUGAGUCCCCAGGUCCCACCUUGUAAGGGCUGGAGCUGGGAGCUGUUCGCUCAGGCCCCGGGGUUGGUCAGGUGGCAGGAAGGACAGAAAGUGUGUGGUCCUAACCGCUUGGAGCAGCACCUCCUAACAGCACCCAUGCCACUAUGAACAGUGAUUAGAGCAGACCAAGGGACAAGCUGAGGCCCCAGCACCUCCCAAGAGCAAGGUAAUGUGACAGGGCCUCCCUGCAGCUCCAGUUCCAGACUCAGCAAGGCCCAGUGACCCACCUGUCAUCCCUGGCCCCUCCCUACGACACAGAAACCAGCGUGCUCCCCCUAGGGCCUGGUGCUUUGUUAAAACUCACAUAGCACAAUCUGCCCCUUCAUAAGUUCACCCAGUAGCAGUGAGCACUUCCAGCCACCAAGAGUCCCCAAGUGUCUCAUCACCCCAAAAAAACCCUGUGCUUGAGCUCCCCACUCCUGCCCUGGUGGCCUGAAGCUUCCACCCCAGAUCCUCACCUCAACCUACCCAGACCCCUCCCAUGCAUCCCUGCCCAGGCAGCUGCCCGGCCACCUGGCCCAGCCAGGUAAGGGCACCUGUGGACCUGCUGCUUCCAGGGAGCCAGCUGACACUGAGCAAACAGCCUGAGGGAUAGAGUGUCGUAGGGAGGGGCAAGCUUGGCUCCUCCCCUCCCAGCCCUCCACAGGUGGGCCACUGGGCAGGUGAGGCCUUGCUGAUCCUGAUACAGCCCUCCUGAUAGCCGCUUGCCCCACCCUCAUUGGGCCACCAGUGGGGCCACGUGGCAACUCAAAUGACCAGCCAGUGUCCCCGGAGGCUGGGCUUCCCAGGGCCGGGCCAGGAGCUUCCUGCCCACAGAGGUAGGCUCAGGGCCCUGUGACCAGCAGCUGGAGUGGGGAGGCAGGCUGCCCAGGGCUGCCCGGAUGGGAAUGGAUAUGCACCUGAGGCCCCUCCAGCUGGUCCAGAGACUGAGGAGCAGAUGAGUAAUGUCUCAGGGCUCCUGGGAAUAGCCAAAGCCCCGCUGGUGCCCUUGACCUGGCCACCGCCCAGCCCCCUGGCCGCCAUGCCUGUGGUGCCUGCAGGGCCACAGAUGGACCACGUGGGCAACGGCUCCCAGGGAGCCCCCCGGCUGUUCCUCACCACUGCACUGGCCCGAGGCGUCUCUGGAGUCUUCGUGUGGGCUGCCCUGGCACUCACCUGCCACCAGAUCUACCUGCACCUGCGCUCCUACACCGUGCCCCGUGAGCAGCGCUACAUCAUCCGCCUGCUGCUCAUUGUGCCCGUCUACGCUUUUGACUCCUGGCUCACCCUCCUCCUCCUCGGCAGCCACCAGUACUAUGUCUAUCUCGACUCUGUGCGUGACUGCUAUGAAGCCUUUGUCAUUUACAGCUUCCUGAGCCUCUGCUUCCAGUACCUGGGGGGCGAGAGCGCCAUCAUGGCUGAGAUCCGGGGCAAGUCCAUCAAGUCCAGCUGCUUCUAUGGCACCUGCUGCCUCAGAGGCAUGUCCUACUCCAUCGGCUUCCUGCGCUUCUGCAAGCAGGCCACCCUGCAGUUCUGCAUUGUAAAGCCCAGCAUGGCCUUGACAACCAUCAUCCUUCAGGCGUUCGGCAAAUACCACGAUGGGGACUUCAAUGUCCGCAGCGGCUACCUGUACGUGACCCUGGUCUACAACACCUCCGUCAGCCUGGCCCUCUACGCACUGUUCCUGUUCUACUUCGCCACCAGGGACCUCCUUCGGCCUUUCGAGCCAGUCCUCAAGUUCCUCACCAUCAAGGCCGUCAUCUUCCUGUCCUUCUGGCAGGGGCUGCUGCUGGCCAUCCUGGAGAGAUGUGGGGUCAUUCCUGAGGUCCAGGCCAUUGAUGGCACCAGGGUGGGGGCCGGCACGCUGGCCACCGGCUACCAGAACUUCCUCAUCUGCAUCGAGAUGCUCUUUGCCUCUGUGGCCCUACGCUACGCCUUCACCUGCCAGGUGUAUGCAGAGAAGAAGAACUCCCCAGGGCCCCCAGCACCCAUGCAGAGCAUCUCCAGUGGCCUCAAGGAGACCAUCAGCCCCCGGGACAUCGUCCAGGACGCCAUCCACAACUUCUCCCCUGCCUACCAGCAGUACACGCAGCAGGCCACACACGAAGCCCCAGUGCCUGGCCAAGCUGGGCACCCCUCACCCCGCACCCACCCUGGCAUGGCCAGCAGCCCUGGUGGCGGGCGGAAGAGCUGGAAUGUGGAGAAGCGCAUGCUAAUCCCCUCAGAGGACCUAUAGGGACCUGGGCUGCCCAAGCUUCUGGGAUAAACAGGGAACCCCCAACACUCUUGCCAAAGGCCUGGCCUCUCCAGAAAGCCCUCCCGUCCUGUGUCCAGCCCCAACUUGGGUGCUCAGUGGCCUGCCUGACCCAGGAAAGGCACUGGGCACGUCAGACAAGCCAGAGAACACACUGGGUUGAUUGGCCAUCAGCCACAGGAGGCCACUGUGGGGGCGGUGCUAAUGUGGCCCCAGGGAACUUGAGAGGUGGCUGCUCCUUGGACAGGAUAGGCAGAGAUGCACGGUCAGCCUGGGCAGCUACAGGGAGGGACACUGGGGAAGGGCUAGGCAGCCCAUCCUGGGACAGCAGAGGAGUCCCUGGUGCUGAGGGCUGGGACCCACAGGUAGGGACUGGCAGCAGUCGCCCUGGGCACAUGGCACAGCCACAGAGGCAGCUUACCACACAGAGCCUCGGGGCAGUGGGCAAGGCUGGCUGGUGACCUGCUGCUCCCCGUGGAGCUGCCUUAUUUAUAAACAACUUGGACUUUCUAA